GCCUCCUCCGCGGGAGAUGGCUCCCGCGAGACUUCGGCUCCCGCGAGAGGUGACUAGUGCGCCGGCCACGGGACCAACGAAACUUCCGGCGCCGGGGAUUCAAGCGAGUGGCGGGGCCCGCGGCGCUGUGUGCUCACCAUGGACCCGAUCCGGAGCUUCUGUGCGAAGCUGCGGUCCCUGGCGGUCACCUUGGACAGCGAAACGGCGCGGCUGCAGCGGGCGCUGGAGAAGGAAGACAGCGGUGAGAGGGGCGGACUUUGAAGGUUAUGCAGUGAGAAUUUUACAUGACCUUAAUUCAGAAGUUCGGACUCUAAAGGAUAAUGUCAAUAUUCUUCUUGAUAAAGCAAGUUUGGAAAGUCAAGAAAGCAUUGGUUUCAUAAAGGCAACAAAAGUACUGAUGAAAAAAACCUCAGUGGAUAUUAUAAAAAUAAGAGAGCUUUUCCAGAAGUAUGGAUAUAAUCCACGGGCCAAGAAAAAUUCAGCGGUUGAGCAAGAAGCCAUUGACUCUAAACCAGAGUCCACUAGAGAUGAAAACCUUCAAAAGCCUGAUGUAAAGGAUGAUAUGUCUAAUCCUGUUGUUCCAAGCAGCUCUGUUUCUGAGAAGAUUCCAUGUAGUCCACAACUUUCAGAUUUUGGACUUGAGCGGUACCUGAUAUCGCAAAUUCCACCAAACCCUCCACAGGCAGUAAACAAUCAUAAGAAAGAGCCAAACAUGUUAACUCCAUCUUCCAGUCAGUCACCAGUUGAAGUACUAAAAACUCCUAAAUGUGCACUAAAUAUGGAUGAUUUUGAGUGUGUGACUCCUAAAUUAGAGCACUUUGGUAUCUCUGAAUAUACUGUGUGUUUGAAUGAAGAUUACACAAUGGGACUUAAAAAUGUGAAGAAUAAAAGUGAGGAAGCUGUAGAAACAGAACCAGUGUCCAGUAAUAGCACCACUGCUAGCCUCAUAAACCAGCAAUUGGAAAAAAAUGAUGAUGAAUAUACAAAGUCUCCCUUGGCACCUACAUUCUGUACUCCUGGUUUGAAAAUUCCUUCUACAAAGAACGGAACAGCUUUGGUAUCCACAGAUUAUCCAUUAUCAAAAACAAACAGUUCAUCAAAUGAUUUGGAAAUGAAAGACUAUACGUUAGUUUUAAACUCAGACAAGUGCUUUGAGAGCUGUGCGGAAGCUUCCUCUUCCCCUGUGAUUUCUUCUUAUGAGAAUCUGCUCAGAACACCUACACCUCCAAAAGUAACUACAAUUCCAGAAGACAUUCUCCAGAUUUUAUCAAAAUACAACCCAAACCUAGCUACCACUCCAGUAGCAGUUAAGGCAUGCCACCCAGCAAAGCAUUCUUUACUAGAUGUGAAGGAUGGAACAUCUGAGAUGUUGGCAACAAGAAAACUGGUGAAAAAAUCCUAGUGGAUCCAUCCGUCCAUUAAUAGAAACUGAACAGAAUGAGAUGAAAUCAAAGCUGGACUUACUUUGUUUUCACAUUCCCGUUUCUCCCUUUCUAAAAAUCAAUCCAUAUCAAAAAUGAAUUUGGAUACUGAUAUCAUAAUUUGCUUUUUAAGUUUUGAUUUACUUUAACCUAAAUCUUGACCUGCAACUCACUUAUUGUUUUUAAAUAUCAUUACUAUUUCACUGAUCUCAAAUUUACCCUACCUAAUCUAAUCAUGGAUUAAGUAAUUACUAGGAAGCAGGAUCAAUAACUUUUAAAUUUUAAGUGUUACUGUUUGCUAUUCAAGUAAGGCUAUGUCCA